AUGGAUUUGUUCUCCACAAUACUUGGUGCAGCUCUUCUGCUCUGUGGCGUGAUCGCUACCGGACUUUUGGUGCUGAAAUACAAGAGUCGGAAGAAGAUGCUGCUCCCGACAUUUAAAUCGGUGCUCGUUACAGGUUGUGAUCGGGGCUUUGGGUUCAUGCUGGCGAAACGUCUGGAUGAGGAAGGCUUUAAAGUAUUCGCUGGUUGUCUGGAUGCUACAGGCGAAGGUGCUAAGGAGCUUCAGAUGGACACCUCACCUAAGCUUGAGCUCAUACAGCUGGAUGUGACAAAGGAGAAAGAGAUUGAGGAGGCCAAAGCCAAGAUCAUCGACUCCUUAGCUGGUUAUAUGCUCUGGGCCGUGGUGAACAACGCUGGCGUGGCGUGCCACGCAGAGUUUGAGUGGAUCCCGAAGAGAUCGUUCCAACACACGAUAGACGUGAACAUCCUGGCAGUGGUGAACGUGACCAGGGCCUUCCUGCCUCUGGUUCGAGCCGCCAAAGGGAGGAUUGUCAACAUGGCAAGCAUGGCUGGGCGCACUGCUACUCCCGGCUUCACCGCCUACUCGGCCUCCAAGUUUGCUGUCAUUGGCUUCUCCGAGAGUUUAAGGCGGGAAAUGGCGCACUUCGGGGUCAAAGUCAUCACUGUGGAGCCUGCAAUUUACAAGUAUGUUCAGCUGUCAGUCAGGGAUUUUCAAAUCGACUACUCAGUGACUGCUUUGUCUUCCACGACCAACUUCCUGGGUCAAUGCGAGGAGUUCUGGGCCCAGGCAGAGCCAGGAAUAAAGAGAGAUUACGGGGAGCCUUAUUUCCUGGCCACGCAGGAGGCCAAAAGUCGCCUGCUUCAGUGGACUAGCCCAGCUCUAGACGAGGUCGUGGACUGCUACAUGCAUGCAGUCGCCUCUGUCCAGCCCCACAGUCGUUACGUCCCACCCUGGAAGCUACAGCUACUGAAUGACGUCAUGAACAUGCUGUGGAACAGCGUUCAGGACCGGAUCCUGGCGGCUGUUAUGAAUAUCCGAGCUAAACCAGACAUGUUGAGACCUAUCCAGAACGGUCGGACCGGGCGGAGGAGAAGUCACGCUACAUAA